UCUGGAGUAGAGGUACAUCUAAAACAUGCAGAGCAGGGGCUACCCACAGCCACUGGCUGAUGCUCUUUCUGUGCAAAACGACUGAAUUGGUGUACCUAAUAAAGUGACCACCACUACUGUCCAGACCGCUUGGCCGUUGUCAACUGAAAAGUGAUGAUGGUCGUAAAUGCAGCAUACAGAGGAUCUGAAACUGCGAGCUGGAACUCAGACUGCGCCUCCUCGCCUGUGCGCCCUGGACGCACACACCGACAACAACCCAGAUCCGUAUAGGAGGAGCUGCCGUUCAAACUCAAACUUCCCUGUCAGGUUUGUGGGUGUGAUGAGGACGUGAAGGUGCAAGCCUCCAGACUUUAGACCAAAGUCGAUACGCCUCUCUCUCUCUCUCUCUCUCGAUUUUUUGUUCUUCCGUGGUUACAAAAAAAAAAUAUGGAGGUAUGAUGCCGUGCGUAAAAGUGAACGGUCGGUGGACACAAUGGAUUCGUUAUUCGGCAAUGAAGAAGGCGCGUUGAUGGAAAGUGUCUGGCCUUUGGAACCGAGAAGAGAAUGUCUGCCGUGAACGAGUCGCUCGCAGGAAUGGACGCCACGGCGGAACAGGCGCCUUCUCGUUCGCUCACCAUCCCGGCAAUCAUGUUUGUAAUCGGGGUGGUCGGAAAUGUCAUCGCCAUCGUAGUCCUGCGCCUGUCGCGGAAGGAGCAGAAGGAAACAACCUUCUAUACUCUGGUGUGCGGGCUGGCGGUGACAGAUCUCCUGGGCACCCUGCUGGCCAGCCCUGUCACCCUCUUCAUCUACGUGAACAACAACUCGCUGGAGGGAAAGUUGUGCCAGUACUCGGGCUUCAUCCUGCUCUACUUCUUCUUGGUGCAACUCAGCAUCGUGUUCACCAUGUCCGUGGAACGGUUCCUCGCAAUAAAUCAUGCCUACUUUUACAACGAGUUCGUCAACCAGAGACUAGCCGCGCUGACGCUCUUUGCGGUGUACGUGUCGUGCCUCGUGUUCUGCGCGCUGCCCGUCGCCGGGAUCGGGGAGGUGAAGGUCCAGGAGCCGAAGUCGUGGUGCUUCAUCGACUGGCAAAGCAACAAGACCACGGUGAGAACUUUCAACCUGAUCUACGCGGGAGUGAACUCGGUGAUUGUGGUGGCCACCGUCUUCUGCAACGUAAUGGUGUGCGGGGCGCUGAUCCUGAUGCACAGGCGCUUCAUCCGCCGCACCUCGCUGGGCACUGACCCGCGGCGCAUCGCGGAGCUGCGACGCCGGCGGAACUUCAGGCGCUUAGCCGGAGUGGAGAUCCAGAUGGUGGUUGUGCUCAUCGGAACCUCCGCUGUGGUCCUCAUCUGCUCGAUACCUUUAGUUUUGAGGAUCUUCGAAAACCAGUUGUUCUCAAACCCAACAUCGCAGACUUCUGGGUUGAACAAGGACCUCAUAGCCAUCCGCAUGGCCUCCGUGAACCCCAUCCUAGACCCGUGGUUCUACAUUCUCCUGAAAAAGACGGUGGUUCUCAAAGUCCUGGAGAAGAUCAAGUGUCUGUUCUGCAAAAUGGGCGGCCGGGGACGGCGGGGAGGAGGACGCUUUCGUUGUGCGGAUGGCGCCCUUUCCUCCUCCAUCAUCUCGAGGGACUCCCCUUCAUUGAUAACCCGUGAGCCGGCAGAAAGAGUCAGUACCCUACGGACCGUCCUGUACCCGAGUGACGGGAACACGCUGGGGCUGGCUUUAUUUAAGGCCGCGUCCGAGGACGGCUCCUGUCCGGCGGCUGCACAGACAUUGCAGUGUGCACAGGAGGAGCCGCAGCCUCAGAGGGGGCUAGAGGACAACGAGGCAUGUACGGCUAACCUUCCAAUCUGUCCUAAGGACACGGUUCUGCAGGUGACCCUCACAGACAGUACUGCAAACACGCAGGAAAAAUGCAUAUAACCAUCGUCAUGACCUCGGUGUAUUAUCAAUAUAUUACUCCUCAGUAUUGAUUCCCCGCAGUUUAUUCAAAUCACCGCAGUUGUAACGUACAAACCCACAGACAUCAUAGAGGAGCUCUUCUGUUGCACUUUGAAGACUUUCAAACCACUGCUUGGCCAUCAUGAAUGACAGGCAAUGACUGUAUAGCAUCAAUGUUAAAAUGUGAACAGCGUGUUAAUUUAUUUAAAGUAUGAAAAUGUAUGCUAAUGUCUUCUCUGUGAGAAGGUUUCAAUAUUUCUGUGCCAUUUUGCAUUUCCAAAAGAUGAAUAUGCUUGUAGUGUGUUUGGAUUAUUAUUUUUUCUUUCCCUUUUGCGUCUUGACACUUGCAAACAGGUUGUAUUAUUUCAAAGUGCAUCCCUGACAUUGCUAGAUAUAUGGUAUUUUUCUUCAUUUCAUACCAAAAGGCAGCUAUACUGUGGUUUUUCCAUGGAAAAUACACUAGAAGAUGACUAAAAAAAACCUUAAUGUGACUAUUGUUUUAUAACAUUAUUCAUAUGCUUAUUGUAGAGCAGUACUUUGAAAGAGUCCCAUCUUAUUUCGGCUUAACGUAACGUGCAGGGCGUCCUAUCUAAUUUGACUGUGUGGUGAUGUUAAGAAAGGGGAUUCAAACACAUCAAGUGUCCUGAUAGGUAACAUUGUUUUUGAACACUAUUCUUUCUGUGCUGCUAAAAACAUUAUUUCGAUAAAGGUCCACAUGCACCUGUUUUUCAUUGAACAAACGCCAUAAUGUGCUGAACUCCUCAAAUGAAAAUAAAAAAAAAUGGAGACUUAA